GUCGGAGCUCAGAGACGAAACCCCUCAGGUCAAAAUAACCACCCCUGCUAAAACCACCCCCCCCAAGUGCGUGGAGUGCCGGCAGUACCUCGACGACCCCGACCUCAAGUUCUUCCAAGGGGAUCCCGACGACGCCCUGGAGGAGCCGGAGAUGCUGACGGACGAGCGGCUGUCGCUGUUCGACGCCAACGAGGACGGGUUUGAGAGCUACGAGGACCUUCCCCAGCACAAGGUCACCUCCUUCAGCGUCUACGACCGCCAGGGCCACCUGUGCCCCUUCGACACGGGGCUCAUCGAGAGGAACGUCGAGCUCUACUUCAGCGGCGCCGUCAAGCCCAUCUACGACGACAACCCCUGCCUGGACGGAGGGGUGAGAGCCAAGAAGUUGGGGCCCAUCAACGCCUGGUGGAUCACGGGCUUCGACGGCGGGGAGAAGGCGCUGAUCGGCUUCAGCACAGCCUUCGCGGAUUACAUCCUGAUGGAGCCGAGCGAGGAGUACGCGCCCACCUUCGCCCUCAUGCAGGAGAAGAUCUACAUGAGCAAGAUCGUGGUGGAGUUCCUGCAGAACAACCCCGACGUCAGCUACGAGGACCUGCUCAACAAG